AUGAUACUUUCACAAGCCCAUCUUUCUAAGCCUCGUCUUUUAGUCUCCAGCUCCGACGAUACCCAUCACAUGACGACUGGAGCUCAGCACGAGGUUGUAUUCGCACAAACAUGCAAUCAUCGCUCCAAGCACAUCCAUCCACAUCGGCUUCAGGUGGUGGGGGAUGAUCUGCUGGUGACCAACGCAAAACGUGUGAGCCGAGCGAUUGAGACCGGAGCCUGCAAUGCUCUUCUGCUGAAGGUGAACCAGAUCGGCACGUUCACCGAGGCCCUGGAAGCCUGUCAACUGGCCAGACAGGCCGGCUGGCGAGUGAUGGUCUCGCAUCGGUCAGGCGAGACGGAGGACAAUACGAUCGCAGACAUCGCCGUCGGUCUGGCCUGUGGACAAGUGAGUUUACCGGCCCACUCGCUGACCUCUUCCCAGAUGCCCAUGUCAUGA